ACUGUCCCUGUCAACUUGUACAUCCAUCAAUUGCUUCCAACUAUACCCAUACCCAUUCCAGGGAGUGAACUGAAUCCAUACUACAUACCGUCAUCACUCAUCAUGGACGUGGCUUACAACCAACACUCGAACGCCGCCCGGCGCAAAAACCGGUCCUCAACAAACCUCAACUACCUCUCCCUUGCUCCCUUGACCCCAAAGCUCCCCAUCGACAAUGAUGACUUCCUGGAGCAGUACCACCAGCAGUUCGAGCACGUACCUCACAGCACUUCCUACCUCGCGGGCAAAUCUGCCCCAACUACUCCUCGUCUGAUCUCUCAUUCGCCCGGUCCCCACCCCGCCCGCGCCGCUACCAUGACCGGCACCGGUAUGAACCACUCCCGCGGCAAGUCUGCUCCGGCCGCCAGACUACCCAAGUCCAAGUCCACCACCCAUCUCGGCAGCAAGAGCGGCGCCGCUUCCCCCACACACAAGCGCCGAAGUGCCGCUGCUGUCGCUGCCGAGAACGAACGCAACUUAUCCGACUGGCUCCUCCGCGCCGGUGCCCUCAUCUCUACCGAGACCCGCGAGUCUAAAGGUCAAUCAUGGCUCGUCUCUCGCGCCAGCUCAACCUCCCUGACCGGCCUGCACAAUGCCGAAGAGGAGGCCUUUGAGCGAGAGCUUGCCCGCGAGCGUGAACUGCUCCUUCAAAACACCGCUGCCAACGCCGUCUCUCGCAAUGCCAGUCGAGCCGCCAGCCGCAAUGCCUCGCGACGAGGUAGCAUGGUAAUCAACACCGGCUACAACACCAACAUGAUCGACGACGAGUAUUACACCACCGCCUCACCCAUCCACAGCCGUCUGGGCAGCCGCUCCCACAGCCGAACCCAGCUCGCCCGCACCCCCAACGAGCGUCACGCUUUCGAGCACGGCGCCGGCUACUUCCACCACCACGGCGUGCACAACAACAACAACAACAACAACAAUCAUCAUCACCACGAGGUGGGCAUAACGGAAGAGGACGACGAGGACAACAACGGGCCUGGUCCGGACUUUGUUAACCUCGACGAGAAGCUCGAAAUGGCCCACUACAACCAGGAACAACUGCUGCUCGACAGUGACGCCGCGUCCUCCAUCAUUGAGGACGAAAUCGCCGUCCGCCGCCUAGUCAAGGACCGCAACAUCGGCUCCUGGUUCGGGCGCGUGCUGGGUGUACAGCUGUUUGCCGUAGAGGAGGAGGACGACGAGGAGGAUUCCUCAGACUCUGACCGCGAUGACGAUGACGACGGUCAUCUGGCGUAUGGCAGUAGCAGACAACACUCGGAGGGACAGUUGACGGAAGAUGACGGUGGCUCGACGACCGAGACAGACUCGUCGAGUGAGGAAAGGAGGAGGCCGCAUGAGAAGCAGAGGAAGGACCAGAGGCGGUUUGAAGAUGCGCAGUUGUCCAAGCUGGUGGAUGAGCGGGUGCCCCCGCCCAAGGAGGAGGGUGGGACGUGGCAUGAUGCUGCUUGGUUGUUGACUGUUGCUUCCAAGGUCAUUUUCUGAUGGACCAAGAUAUGGGUUUGAAAUCCACAGAGACAGAAGUUAGGAAUACAAAGCGGGAAAUGGAGUUUGGGUUGGCGGUUUGCUUGGUUUUGUUCUUCCAUGUGUAUAUAGGGGGUUUUGUUUACUUUGUCAUCUCAUGACUUGAUCAGGUCACGGUUGUCCUUUCGAAAAUACGAAUCACGUACCUAUACAAACAGUUUCGCCCAUAUCGGUUAUUAUGAAUGAUGACCCUAUAUUCACAAAUAUCUCUGGACAAAGGGUCUACCUAUCAACCAUCA